GACCACCGUCGUUUGGUGCCUCAACAAACACAGAACUUUUACAAACUUCGGGUAACAGUUGAUGACAACACUGGAUCAGCAGCUUUUGUUCUGCUGGGUAGGGCCGCUGACCUUCUUGUGGGCUUGACUGCUAACGAUCUCUCUACUAGGUUUCCUUACCAACGCAAUGUUCUUCCACAAGAACUUCUGGCUCUUGAAGGGCGAGACUUUACUUUUGACGUCCAGCUUCCAAAACCGGAAUAUGGGGCUCGUGGCCCGCCAGAAUUCACGGUCCUUGCUGUCAAUGAGCAAGAACAGCCAAAUUCCUGCUCACCAACUCUUGGUCGC